GAGACGAACAGGAAAGAAACAAACAACGAACCCAUUACCCGUUAAAUAAUACGAGCUCUGCGAUCCGGUUUCUCAUAUCUUCCUGUGGUGUUGAAUUGCAAGCAUUCCAAUCGGUAUACCUCAAAUCAGUCAUCCAGAAUGGCCAGCCAACUUCUCCCCCUUGAACUUAUCGACAAAUGUGUUGGUUCCAAAAUCUGGGUCGUAAUGAAAGGUGACAAAGAAUUCACCGGCACACUCACCGGUUUUGAUGACUAUGUCAAUAUGGUUUUAGAAGACGUCAUCGAGUUUGACCACCAAUCUGGAAGCCAAACAAAACUUCCUAAGAUUUUACUGAACGGUAAUGGUAUUGCUAUGUUGGUACCGGGUGGAGAAGGACCAAUUGGAGGAUCAUGAACGUAAUGUGCAUUGUUAACGAGUAUCAAAAGUUAAGGAAAUGAUCAUCUUAUAGAGAGGAAUGCCAAAGUUUUGCAAUCCCAUUACCCCCUCCUUGGUGUCA